AUGUACAAUCCCUCAGCUGGCAAUUCUAUGUUAUGUAGAAAUUUCAUGCGGCCUAGGAUUAAUGUCCAGGCCAGUUGGAAAACCCAAAAGGAGGGAAUUGCUUGCAAUACGAAGGUACCCCGCAAUGUCAACAUGGAGAAGUUACGUAGUGGCUAUUUGUUUCCUGAGAUCUCAAUGCGUGAGGUUCAACACAUUGAGAAGUACCCAGAUGCGAAAUUGAUAAGCCUUGGAAUUGGUGAUACCACAGAGCCCCUACCGGAUAUCAUAGCUUCGAGCAUGGCAAAUUAUGCACGUUCACUUUCAACAGCAGAAGGUUACGGAGGGUAUGGAGCUGAACAGGGCAACAAAUCCUUGAGGAAAGCUAUUGCAGAAACCUUUUACAAAGAUGUUCAGAUAAAGGAAACAGAAGUUUUUGUGUCAGAUGGCUCACAGUGUGAUAUUACUCGCCUUCAGCUGCUCCUUGGUUCCAGUGUGUCAAUUGCUGUGCAGGAUCCAUCCUUUCCUGCCUAUGUAGAUUCAAGUGUCAUAAUUGGUCAAGCUGGUGAUUUUGAAGAUAAAACCCAGAUGUAUGGGAACAUUGAGUACAUGAAAUGUGUGCCUCAAACUAACUUUUUUCCUGACUUAGCAAAAACUUCACGAUCAGAUAUAAUCUUCUUUUGCUCUCCGAAUAAUCCCACCGGACAUGCUGCAACGCGCCAGCAAUUGGAGCAGCUUGUGAAGUUUGCUAAGGAGAAUGGAUCGAUCAUAAUUUUUGACUCUGCCUAUGCAGCUUAUAUCAGUGAUGAUUCUCCUCGAUCGAUCUUUGAAAUUCCUGGGGCACGAGAGGUUGCGAUUGAAGUUUCAUCUUUCUCUAAAUUCGCUGGGUUCACAGGCAUUCGUCUUGGCUGGACAGUUGUUCCUGAAGAACUGUCCUUCUCAAAUGGUUUUCCUGUAAUAAAUGACUUCAAUCGCAUUGUAUGCACUUGUUUCAAUGGAGCAUCAAGUAUAGCUCAGGCUGGUGGACUGGCAUGUCUUUCCCCAGAGGGUUUCGCAGCUGUGUGUUCCAUUACUGACUACUACAAGGAGAACGCAAAAAUACUGCUCGACACUUUUGCUUCUCUUGGUCUAAAGUUAUAUGGUGGUGAAAAUGCUCCUUACGUUUGGGUACAUUUUCCUGGUUCAAAAUCUUGGGAUAUAUUUGCUGAGAUUCUGGAGAGGACUCAUAUAAUAACCGUUCCAGGUUCUGGAUUUGGUCCGGCAGGUGAAGAGUUCAUGAGAAUUAGUGCUUUUGGACACAGAGAGAGUAUCCUAGAAGCCGCAAGGAGGCUGGAAAACCUUUAUUUGUAG